AUGAAGUACGCGGCCAAGUUAGCUACUUUUGUGCAAAGUUUUCUCAGCAAUAUGCCACGGCCUCAUGAAGAGGAUCACUCGCUGAGGGGACUCUGGCCUAUGCCCGUUCCAUAUCCAGAAGUUUUUGGAGGAGACUCUGCUUUUGGUGGUUCAUGGAGGAAGAGGCGGCUGGUUCUACAGGUGCUGGUUCUCAAUUGGCUUCACCUUGGAAGACCUCACAGCUGUCCAGGUUUACUAUGGCCAGGCCGGAGACUUUCUGCCCGGCAGUGGCGUCGUGUUCGCCUCUUGGAACACCUCAGCGAAGAUAUGAAUUCACUUUUGCAGGUGGAUGCACAGUUAAUGGCAAGAGCUGCGCUGCGGACGGAAUCCUCGGCUGACCAGCUGGAUGCUCUCCACCGUGCGCUCCUUUGUUGCUCCACCGCUUCUGCGCCCUAUGGGGCGGACACUUGCUCUCCGACUAGAGCUUGGCGUGAAAAUGAUGGUGAUGAUUGGGAAGAAGUUUCAGGGGGCUUUGGAGUUUUUGAUGGUGAAUCAAAAGGUGGUGAUUGUGCAGUAGCUAAGCCUUUGCAAGCUGAUCGCCUUCACUUUGUCGGCUCCCCAUGUUUCAACCCUGUCCCCUACUUCGACAAGGAAACGGCUCAUGCUUAUGAAUUCCCUUUAGAAUGUGUUCGUGACGAUGUCGUUGAUGAACCCCCUCAAGUUAGCAUACGUGGGUCUGCUCAUGAACGAAAUCUUUUGUUUCAGAAGAUGGCUGCGUGUGGUCGUUUGGUGCCUCUGACAGCUGAUGAUGUACGUCCUGGGCUCGAGUGUGGCCUUUUUUGUGUUCCCAAAGAUCUUGACAGAGACCGUUUAAUCCUUGAUGCAAGACCCCCAAACACGGUUGAAAAGAUGUUGAACACUUGGACCAAGACCAUGAGCAGCAGCACUUGUCUUUCCGGCAUCGAGCUUGAUGAGUCACAGUGCCUUAUCAUGAGUGGCAGAGACAUUCGUGAUUACUUUUACCAGUUCACUGUUUCCCCGCAGCGAUGUCGCCGCAACUACCUGGCCGGUAGGCUGGAGCCUGAGGACCUCGAGUUCAUCUUUGGGAAGAAGUUCACGGAAGCUGGCUACGUUGGCUUGUCAACGUUGGCUAUGGGCGAUUUGAACGCCUGUGAAUUUGCACAGGGAUCCCACAUCAAGCUGGUCAUGUCCUGUGGAGGUGCUGCGAUUGAGGAGCUCCUUAUGAUGCAUCAGCCUUGCCCGAGAGGCUUACUUAGUGUGGGCGUGGUGAUCGAUGACCUUGUUUGUUUGCAGAAGGUGCUUGCCGCUGACGUCAAUGCAGGGGCCUACGUUGGUGCUUCUCUCUUGGACGAGCGCAUGGAGCUGAUCAUGGCAAAGUAUAAAGAGGUCGGACUGCCUACUAACGAGAAGAAAGCCUUCGACAACAGUCUGAGCAGUUCCUUUUGGGGAGUCCAAGUUGAUGGGCAAAAGGGGCUAGUUCGUGCCAACGAAACCAGGCUUUGGCCUUUGCUGCUCAUCACGGUGCGCGUAUGCGCCUUGGGGCUUUCCACGGUUGGCUUGCUUCGUUCUCUGGCCGGAUCCUAUAUUUCCAUACUGUCGUUGAGGCGAAGACUCCUGUCGGCCAUGAACCUUGUCUUCGAUGCCAUUGCCGCGUCCAGCUCCGACAAGCAGGUGCUUAGGCUUUCUGGGGCCCUCAUUGACGAGCUCUUCACCAUGAUGAUUUUGAGCACUUUGGCUGUAGUGAAUUUGAGAGCCACGACGGUUGGGGCUCUCCAUGCGACUGAUGCUUCAGAUUGGGGCAUGGCCGCCGUGGCUGGUGUGAUCCCCGUGCAGGUUGCUAGGGAGGCAAUGAGGCUGAGUCUUACCAAGAGCUGUUGGACGAAACUCCUCCCCCCUAGCAAAGCCUGGCUGCGUAGCAAAGAACUUUUGGAAGAGGAGGAUGAACUACCUGGAGGUGAUGUCUAUGAUGUUCACCCCUUUUGGGAAUCUUUGGCUCGUGCUGUGCCCUAUCAGGAGCAGUGGCGGCGAAAGCACCCAAGGCCGAUUCAUGUGAACAUAGGUGAGCUUCGUGCGCACCUGAUUGAAGAAGGUCGCAUUGGGGCAAAGCAGCUCAGUGUGCGGGUGCCUUAUGCACUCGACUCUCAGGUGGCUUUGGGAAGCUUGGUCAAAGGCAGGGCUUCUUCAAAAGCAUUGAACUCCGAGCUGCUGAGGAGCGUUCCCACCAUACUCGGCUCCGAUCUUUACGGCGGUUAUGGUUUUUGGCCUUCAAAGCUGAACAGAGCCGAUGGGCCCACCAGAGAUGCUGAACCUGACGCUCCAGAUGCUGAGGUUCCUUGGUGGUGGGAUGAUGUCUGUAACGGCCGAUUGGAUCGGUUUGACUCCUGGUUAAAGGAGGUGGAGAGCAUGGUGGCUCCGCCAGCUGCUCCGGAUCUUGCUUCUUUGGGAGAUCCUGUGGACAUCAGAACGGGGCGUGCCUUCCGGGCCAUGACUUGGCAGAGAAAAAGGGGAGCUUGUGAGAUCGGUGGGGCGCUGACGCCCGUCAGUGAGGAAAGUUCUCUGAAGGCUGAGGCCUUAGCUAUCCUUCGCAGUUUUCCUUUGCAGCAGUUCCUCUUUGCCAAAGGCGUGUGUGAAUUCCUGGAGCCGGGCGCUUUGGAUUUGUACAGUGGCAAGGGAGGAGUGGCUCGUGCUCUUGCUGAUGGAGGAUGCCCCUGGGUCUUGACCUUCGAGAUCAACAGGAGUGAAAGUGAGAAUGUCCUUCUGGCCUCUAACAGAGAAAAAAUCACCAGGUUGGUGGUUCUUCGUGCUGUCAUGCUGGUUGGGUCUGCUAUGGUAUGCAAAUCCUUCUCUCGUGCUGUCACUCCUGCGGUCCGCACUUUGCAAUAUCCGCGGGGGGUGCCUUGGAUGACUUUGAACAUGAAGGAGAAGGUGAUGGAGGGGAAUGAGAUGGCUGAUUUCGGCUCUGAACUGCAUGAGCUUUGCGAGAAGAGUGUGGAUGAUGCUGAGAGCGCUGAUGUUUUCUUUUGGACUGAAAACCCUGACUCGUCCCAUGUCUGGGGACAAAGGAAAUACAGAAAAUAUAGGAACCCCGGCUCUGAGCAUGUCUUCAGGGCGGAUUACUGCCGCUUUGGCACCAGAUGGAGAAAGAGAACGAGAGUUGCAACAAACCUUCCAAAGUUGAAAGGUCUACGCAUGCUGUGCACGUGCUCCAGAGGGCAUCAGCAGCUGCGUGGCCAACACCCCACUUUGAGGAUCCCUUGGACUUUGGUUGCGCAGCCGUAUCCCCGUGGCUUCAGCCGGAUGAUUGCUUCAGCCGCUUUGGAUGCAUGUGGGUGGGCCAAGCGAGGUACUGGAAAGUUCAACAUAGCUGGAUGUGCCAGGUGCUCCUCUAUGCGCAUCGGAGAAGCUGACCACCCUGGACCUCGCAAAAUAGCCCAUCCAAGAGGUUUCUCCCUGGAAGAGGCUCCUGUGCAAACCUGGAGCAGCAUUCGGCUUGGUGACCAGCAAUGGGAUAGGUUCCUGGUCUGGUGCUAUCAGUAUGUGGAGUCCGAUGUGUUGGCUCUAUUUUUGGCAGUGCCCAUUUUUCUUGCGUAUGCCGUUCGGCGCUUUGGAGAUCUGGAAUUUGGUCGUGGUGGGUCUCUGCUCUACUACCGGCACCUGAUCUUGGUUGCUUUGCGGAGAGUUCCGCAGUUGAGGCCUUAUGCUGGAAUAUGCUGGGACCUGGCUACUCGGUGGGAAAAAGCUGAGCCCACCACCCACCGUACUCCGGUUCCUGAAGUUUUGGUUGAGGCCAUGAUCGCACUAGCUUGGAGCAUGAAGUGGAAGCGAUGGUGCGGCGUUUGUUUGCUGUGCUUCUUCGGCAUUGCUCGUGCCGGAGAAGUGUUGAAGUGCCGCAGGGAAGACCUCUUGUUGCCCUGCGACAUGCUGUACGAGUGCGAUGCUGCCUUUUUGGUUUUGAGGAGGUCGAAGACGAGCUACAGGCAACUAGCUCGAGUACAGCACUUGAAAAUCACCAACCUGCACGCUGUAAAGCUCUUGAAUUUGAUCUACCAAGGUGCAGACAAGGACGAGCUGCUUUUCUUUGGUAGUGCUCAUGUUUUUCGCAGAAGAUGGGACUUUAUCCUGCAGUUGCUGGAGGUGCCUGCAAAUGUUCAUGUCACCCCUGGCGGGCUACGAGGCGGAGGUGCUGUGACAAGCUACCGGAAAGGAGCUUCAAUCAGCGACCUGCUCUGGGCUAUGCGCUUAAAGCAGGUAACUACUCUUGAGGCCUAUUUGCAGGAAGUCGCAGCGCUUAGCUUGCUGACUGAGCUCCCUUUGUCUUCCAGGAACUUUGGUGCUGCUGCCAGCUCUUCUUUGAUGGCCUUGGAGCACUACGCUGUGGGCAUCCUCCUUGUCGCUGCCGAGCUCUACGUUCUGGGCUCCAUCUACGCUGGCUACUUGAUGCCCCUGCUCUUCGACCAUUCAUCUAGCUGCUACUUGCACCACCACCACCAAGCCAUCCUGGCGCUGAGAAAAAGCGCCAGCCUGCAUCCUUGA